GAGUUUCAGUUGCUUUCUCGCAGAGGUAUUUUCUGCCAUUAGGUACCUGCGUCGAAUUUAGACGACACACAUGACAGCGGAAUUAUAUAUAGAGAUUCGUACUUUUUUCAAAACGCAGGGGCCUCGUGUAAAUCUUUAUACCUCAGGUUCCUGUCCAAUAUUAAACUCUUUGCUCUAUCAGUCCACUUCUUCAAUUUCCACAUGCCAUCUCCGCAUCCAACUGAGCAAUAUCAGUUAAAAGUGGGGCAUAUAAAUUAACCAGAAACCCUCCCCAAAACGACUUACAAAGACGAUCCAAAUUAUGCCAAGUACCCCAGCAUCAACGUCGCCGUUCCCACACCCAUACUGGGGAGUCUGGAUAGGCAAUGGACCCACUUAUCCGACCAUAGAAGAAAGGCUAAUCAAUCGCAUAAGCUACUCCAUCCGUACCAAGCCCCAAUGGAAACUGAAAUAUACUAAUGAUGUCAUUGCCUCAAAAUGGAGACAGGAGCUCCGCGAGCAGUUUGGCGACGAAACUAGAACCAUCGAAGACGUUAUCAACUACGUGUUUAAGGAAUUGGACUGGAUCGACCGCACUGAGUCCACGCUUGGUGGUUAUACUCUCGGUGCUGAUGAGAAAAUUCUUGCCAGUAGUGCAAGCGAAUCGGUGGUAGGUGCCGAAGUCAAGCAGAAAUUGCAAUCUCAGGCCAACGAGUUGGCAAGCUCUUUUGCUGAGGUCGACUAUCAUCCGGGAACCACCAAUGUGGUGGAUUUGGUACAUCCUCUGUUGUUCCCAUUGCAGUAUGGAGUCACCCCAAUCAAAGAUGCCAAUGGAGAAUUAGUUAUCGCCGAAUAUCUGGAUACAAUCGAGCAAAAGAAGCAGGGUGUACGUUGGGGAAUUUCCACGAAAUACCAAUGGUUACCUGCCACCAUGACGCUUGACGAAUCUAAAAAUUUUCAAUUCAGCUCGUACAUCAAUAAUUUGCACCCAGUCAAAUUUUCUGGUCUCUACAGCACAAUUGCCGAGGUUUUCAACGCUACUGUUCCUGCUUUGGACUUUUCGUUAUCCUUCUACGCCUCGGGAAACCGCUCCAAGGUAGAGGUUCCUGGUGAUGUCUAUCCCGACAGCGUGCUAGAUUAUUGGGAUAUCUUGAAGAAAGAAGAAAUGGCCAAAGAAAAGGAAAUUGAAGGGUACAAGAUUGACUACAUACAGAUGGAAAAGUUGUACCAUGCCAGGCAACGUGAGUGGUUGAAGCCUUUGAAGGUAUCGUUUGACGACGACCCCAAGCCUACGAAUCCUGUAGAUCUCAAGCAAUUUAGUAAAUUGAAGGUCAUCGUGAAGAUGGCCAACAUCGAGUUAACUCCCGAAAACCCCACCUAUCCUGGAGGAAGCUGGCACGUCGAAGGCUCCAUCAACGAGAAUAUCGUGGCAACCGUGUUGUACUACUAUGAUGUUCAGAAUAUCACUACUUCGACCUUAAGUUUUAGAACCGGGUACAAUGAGCCUAAUUACGCUCAAGAUGACGUGGCAUGGUUAGAAGUAUACUACGGCUUAAAAGAUGAAGACAUAAUCCUGGGUCCGCUUGAAAGUGUUGAGGCAUUGGAAGAUCGGAUUGUGGUAUUUCCCAACUUCUUCCAGCAUCAUGUGGAUCUGUUUGAAUUGAAAGAUAAACUGAAAUCUGGCCACAGGAAAAUAUUGUGCUUCUUUUUAGUGGACCCCUACGACACGCUAACUGCUUCGACCGAGGAUGUUCCUCCCCAGCAGGAGGAAUGGUGAGCAGAUGAUGAAUUGAAGGAUUCUAUUUCGGACUCGAUGAAAGAAGCAAUCCUCAAACUUAAAGGCGAGAAAAAGUGGCCACAAACCAUGAAAGAAGCCAAGGAUACAAGAGAGGAUUUGAUGAAGGAAAGGUCCAUGGAUCAUGUCGACGAUGAUUUCCUUCCUUACCAAAGGCACUUCUCUCUUUGCGAGCACUGAUGGGAAUUGGGCCCUGAUGGGCCAUAAUUAAUUGAUAAGCGUUCUAAU